AUGUCAGUGGAACCGAAGACGAAGAAAAAAGAUGCUCCUGCGGAGCCUCAAUUGACUAAAGAGCAAGAGAUCUUGAUCCAACAGCAGAACAACGAUAACAGUGACGAUGAAGAGUUUCUCUCCGAUGGUGCAGAGGUUGUUGAUGCGAACGACGCCACCCAGAUUGCGGAGUCGUUGAACCUGGAUAUGAAGGGAAUUGACCAGCAAGUCUGGCUCGUGAGGGUUCCACGGUUCCUGGCUGAGCGGUGGCGAGACCAUGGCUCGCUCAAAGGACAAGAGCUGGGGAAAGUGAAGAUUAGACGUGAUUUGCCCCUUGAUCAACGUGGAGUUGCGAAGCUGGUGUUGAACUCUGACAGUACAAACUCAGAGAUACCACAUAACUACGAUUUGCAGUUGACGAGAGCACAGGUUGAGAAUCAAUACGUGUUUACCGAGCAGAACUUGCAAAGGUUUACCGAGAGGGACGAUUCGAAGACAGAACUAGACUUUACAAAGAAGAAUCCAAAGAAAGAGGAAGAUAUGACGAAGGAGGAGAGGGAGAAGCACAAGAGAAUACAAAUCGCAAUGAAGAGACGCAGAAGAUUCAACAAGUUCAAGAAUAGAGACGGAAGUGAAAAAGUGUUGCCGUUCGUCAAGACCAUUCCAAAGAAGACUGCGUUGGUGGGAACAGUUGUACACGAGGCUCAAAUAGUGCCAUCGUUAAAGGAUCCAAACUACUCGAAGAUCAUUGCACAGAGAAGUCAACUGAUGAAGGAGGAGCCAAGACCGAGUGUUACGUUGCUACAAGAACACUCUGGUGUGUCGUUGAGUAACGCUGGUCUGACGUUGAGAACUGAUACUUCAUCGUUCUUGAAACCUAGUAUCGAGAAGAAGAACAAGAACGAUGGAAGGGCGAUCCGUAUGCCUCAGAAGGAUCUCUUUGAUUUGUUGUUCAAGCUCUUUGACCAAUAUGACUAUUGGUCAUUGAAGGGAUUGAAGGAACGUACCAAGCAACCAGAGGCCUAUUUGAAAGAGAACCUGGAACAAGUUGCGGUGCUUAUUAAGAGAGGUCCAUACGCGUUGAAGUAUACUCUAAAGAAGGAAUUCAAAGAGCUGAAGGACCAAGAGAGGGCUGAGAGACUUGGUGAAUUGGCGAAGGAUAAUGAAGCCGAUGAGGAGGAGGACAACGAGGAGGACGUUGAAAUGGAGGAUAGAGAAAUCAAAGACAUCAAGAAGUUCCUUGAAUUGACCAGAAGAGCUGACGUUAAGUCUGCUUCCAUCAAGGUCAACAAGAAGAUCAACGCUGCCGGUAAGGUUUCCAAGCAAACCAAGUUCAAAGUUAGAGGUUCUAGACACUUGUACACCUUGAUUGUUGCCGAUGAGGACAAGGCUAAGAAGUUGCAACAAGCUCUUCCAUCCACUUUGGAGGUUACUCAAAUCUAA